UACAAUUGUGUUUGCAUGCAGUAUGAUGACUCAAAGUCGCAAGAUAUGAUUGAGCGAAAAAUAAUGAAUGCGCCUGCUGGUCAAGGAACAGUUAGGAUGCUUACCCGCGAGGAAUGGGAAUCAGUUCAGGAAGUGCGACCAAGAACUCCGUUUGAAUCUAAACUAGCUCGUCCAAAUGCAAAGCUUAGGACAGGGGAGCCUUUGAAGAUGGAAGAUGUCAAGGAUUGGACAAUAGAUGUUAUAACUGACGCACUAACACGAGCUGAAGAAUGUGCUAUACGAGGAUCGAACUAAGCUUUUAAGUCGAUAACAAUUGCUUCUUAUGUGC